UAUAGAGCAAGAACGGUAUAAAAGGACAAAUUUUUUUGUGAACAAUUACAUUCAGUAACAUGAAGCUUAUCGUUACAUUAUUGGUCGUACUUAGUAUUGUGCAAGGAAGCCUUCAACAAUGCUGCCAAAGUUGUGGCGGCUGUGGUUGUGGUGGAAAUAGUGGAAGUGAUGCUGAGAUCAUGGUGCUACUUUACAGAAUCUUGGAUCAAUUAUCAUCUACCACUACUACCACUACUACCACAAUGGCAUAUCCUGAAACAACUACAACAACUGCAUGGGCUACUUCUGAUCCUCAAACUACAACAAUGGCAUAUGAAAGUACAACUGCCUGGCCUUAUUCGACUACAACUGCAACGGUUCCAGGGUAUCCAUCAACCACUUAUUCACCAACAUGGCCUACUACAACUGCAGGUCCUUAUUGGACUACAACUGCAUCGGGCCCAGGGUAUCCAUCAACCACUUAUUCACCAACAUGGCCUACUACAACUGCAAGUCCUUAUUGGACUACAACUGCAACGGUUCCAUGGUAUAAUCCUUCUUCCACUUAUUCACCAACUUGGCCUACUACAACAACUCCAGCAAGUGUACGUGAUCGUUACCAAACGAUGAUGCCAGGUCGAUAAUCAUAUUACUCGAGUGAAAAGGUUGUAGCAUAUGACACUAUGAAAAUAGUACUAGUUACACAAUGCCUCGCGCAUGGUAUGUCUAAUCAAUGUUUUAAACUCGAUCCAAUAAACAUUAUUUUAGAAA